AUGGCGAAGUUCGAUAUUAGGCGGGAGGAUACUUGGGCAACGGAUGAGACAGGGAUUCAGCCAGAAUCUGGGCAGAAGGAGAGGGUAAUUGGGAAAGCGGGUGAAAAGAGUCAGUAUCAGCAGCGGAGCAGGAGUCAAGAGAAUAUCACUGUUAUUGUGACUAUCUGUGCCGAUGGCUCAUCCAUAGCACCUGCCGUUAUCUUCAAGGGGCUUAUUAAUAUUCUCAACAUCAUUAGGAUUAGCUAUUCGAAGAAAGGCUGGGUGGACGGCAAAAUCGGCGUACAAUGGAUCGAAGAUUUCGACAAGAAGACCAAAGCAAAAGCAGAUGGCCAAUAUUGUCUCCUUCUUGUCGAUGGCCACGUCUCUCAUUACACUUGCGGUUUUCUCAAAUAUGCUCGAGAGCAUAAGAUCGUUGUCCUAUGCUAUCCCGCUCCCAGCACGCAUGUCUACCAAGGACUCGACAUUGCUGUCUUCUCCGUAUUGAAGAGAGCAUGGUCUGACGAGCGCGAUCAAUUUACUUGCGAGACAGGCGGGGUCGUCUCGAAAACAAACUUCCUUGCGAUCUACGGGCAUGCGCAUCUCAAGGCUCUCACAAAGCCUACAAUCAUCAGCGCAUUUGCAAAGACCGGGGUCUGGCCAUUCAACUCCCAGGUCAUCACACCCGCAAUGAUGGCGCUGAGCCACGAGACAUCACGUCAGGCUGCUAUGCCCGUAGCACCAUCUUCACCCGUCAAGGCC